AUGUGUGGAAUUUUCGCCUGUUACCGAUGCAAGGACGUUGAGGAGUUCAAGCCUAAAGCAUUGCAAUACUCCAAACUAAUAAGACACAGAGGUCCAGAUUGGUCAGGUAACGUUACCGCCAACAACAACACCAUCUUGUGUCAUGAAAGAUUGGCCAUUGUUGGUUUAGACUCUGGUGCCCAACCAAUUGUAUCUCCUGAUGAAAGAUAUGUAUUGGCUGUCAAUGGAGAGAUCUAUAACCAUAUUCAAUUGAGACAACAGUUUCCUGAUUACCAGUACAAGAGUUUGAGUGAUUGUGAACCUAUUAUUCCUCUUUUCGAAAAGUACGAUAUUGACGCUCCAAAAUAUUUGGAUGGUAUGUUUGGUUGGGUUUUACAUGAUAAGAAAACCGAUAGAAUUGUUGCUGCUAGAGAUCCUAUUGGUAUUACUACUUUGUAUUUGGGAAAAUCGUCCAAAUCACCCGAAACGAGAUUUUUCGCCUCUGAGUUGAAAUGUCUUGUGGAAGAAUGUGACCAAAUUGAAGCAUUCCCACCAGGACACAUUUAUGAUUCAAACACCGACAAGAUUGUUAGAUACUUUGAACCUUCAUGGUGGGAUGGAUCAAAGAUUCCAACUACUCCCGUUGACUAUACCAAGAUUAGGGAAACUUUGGAAUUGGCAGUAAGAAAGAGAUUGAUGGCUGAAGUUCCUUACGGUGUAUUGUUGUCGGGGGGUUUGGAUUCAAGUUUGAUUGCUUCUAUUGCUGCUAGAGAAACCAAGAAAGCUUAUUCUGAAGCUGUCAAGACUCAUGACCACGGUAUUGAUGCCAACAAGGAAUUAUCGGGUGUUGAUCUUUCUGGUGAGUUGCACUCUUCAGUUGGUGUUAACCAAUUGCAUUCAUUUGCUAUUGGUUUACCUGGUGCACCAGAUUUGGUUGCUGCUGAAAAAGUUGCCCAAUACAUUGGUACCAUUCACCACUCACACACCUUCACUUUGGAGGAAGGUAUAGAUGCCCUUGAUGAUGUCAUCUACCAUUUGGAGACUUAUGAUGUGACCACCAUUAGAGCAUCGACUCCAAUGUACUUGUUGUCAAGAAAAAUCAAGGCUCAAGGAAUCAAGAUGGUUUUGUCUGGUGAAGGAUCAGAUGAAAUCUUUGGUGGUUACUUGUAUUUCGCCAACGCACCAAACGCAGCAAGUUUCCACGAAGAAUGUGUUAAAAGAGUUAAGAACUUGCAUUACGCAGAUUGUCUUAGAGCUAACAAAUCAACCAUGGCUUGGGGUUUGGAAGCCAGAGUUCCAUUCUUGGAUAAACAAUUUUUGGAAGUUUGUAUGAAUGUUAACCCAGAAGACAAACUUAUUACCAAAGAUCACAUUGAAAAAUACAUUUUGAGGAAGGCCUUUGAUACCAAGGAAACCCCAUAUUUGCCUGAUGAAAUCUUGUGGAGACAAAAGGAACAAUUUUCCGAUGGAGUUGGUUACUCAUGGAUUGAUUGUUUGAAAGACACUGCUGAAAAAGUAGUCAGCGACGAAGACUUGAAAAACCCUAAACCUGAAUGGGGUGACGAUAUUCCACAAACUAAAGAAGCUUACUGGUAUAGAUGCAAGUUUGACAAGAUGUUUAACAACUCUAAAGCUGCUGCUUCAACUGUUAUGAGAUGGGUACCAAAGGCUGAGUGGGGUUGUCAUUCCGAUCCCUCAGGAAGAUACGCCUCAACCCACGACCACAAGGUUGACAACAAGAACUAA